AUGGACUCUGACCAGACCUCAUCCUCAGACACAAAGAUGCACUACCGACAACUCGCCCCGACAGCAUCAGUGCGUGUCUCCCCGCUGUGCCUGGGAGCCAUGAACUUUGGCGAAGCCCACAAAGCUCGCUAUGGCGAAUGCAGCAAAGAGACCGCAUUCUCCAUCAUGGACUACUUUUAUUCGCAAGGUGGCAACUUCCUUGAUACGGCAAAUGGGUACCAAGCGGGAGAGUCCGAGCAAUGGGUCGGCGAAUGGAUGAAAUCGAGAGACAACAGGAACGAGAUCGUGCGUGCAACGAAGUACUCCACCGGCUACAUGAACCACGAGAAAGACAAGAUCCAGGCCAACUAUGGCGGCAAUUCGACGAAGAGUAUGAAAGUCUCGGUCGCAGCUUCUUUGAGAAAGCUUCAGACAAGCUACAUCGACAUUCUCUACAUCCACUGGUGGGACUACUCAACCUCAAUCCCAGAACUCAUGCACAGUUUAAAUGACCUCGUCGUCUCUGGCCAAGUCCUCUACCUGGGCGUGUCGGACACCCCAGCCUGGGUCGUAUCCAAAGCGAACCAAUACGCCCGCGACCACGGACUUCGCCAAUUUGUCAUCUACCAAGGCAUGUGGAACGCCGCCAUGCGCGACUUCGAGCGCGACAUCAUCCCUAUGUGCCGAGACGAAGGCAUGGCACUAGCCCCCUACGGCACUCUCGGUCAAGGCUCCUUUCAAACCGAGGAGGGCCGCAAGCAGCGCGAGAAAGACAACGAGGGUAGAAAAUUCAGCGCCAAAGCAGUCCCGUACGCUGAAGUCUCGAAAGUGCUCGAAAAGCUAGCAAAGGCGAAGAAAAGACCCAUCGCGGACAUCGCUCUAGCAUACGUUCUGCAGAAGACGCCGUACAUGUUCCCGAUUGUCGGCGGGAGGAAACUGGAGCACAUUCAGGGCAAUGUUGCCGCACUCAAGCCUUUCGAUGCUGGGUUUCCACACACGUUCCUCAGCGGUACGCUUUUCGAUGACAGUCAGAAACCAGUCGCGGCGCAGGGACCGGAAGAUGUGUUCUUGACGAAGUGGCAGGGUGAGAUUGAUUGGGUGGAGAGGCCGAGGCCGAUUAAGCCAAGUGGGCAGUGA